CGUGGCCCUGAAACCUGUGCCCAGGCGGUGGCCCUGGCAGAGGGGUUCCAGCUGAGGCAGCCAGAGUUUGAGGGGCGAGGGCUACAGGUCCCUUGUACCAACUGUUAAAGAAAAGUGUCCAGUGAAAAUGAACUGAGCAACACAUGGAAGCAGUAUCUCAGCUAAAACAGACCAUUGUCAAGGCUCUGGUGUUGAUCACUCCAAAUCCUAAGAUACUCGAUCACCUAAAGGUAGCGGUCUCAGUUUGUGUGAUCAGAAGAGAAGAGAUUUCUGAGACGAUGGAGCCCCUGUCCAGCUCAAGGUCUUGGAGGUUCCGCCACCCAGUACCACAACUAAGCUGUGACCUCAGAGAGAAGCAGCAGUAUCCACGGCAACUAGAUCUUCCUGCGCCCUAUUUGUUUGUUCCUUAUGAUAAGGGGAAUGAAGAAGACCAGGAUAUGGUGGCCUCGCUGCAUAGGUUCGGCUUUAUGAUGCCAGUGACGUUUGAGGAGGUAGCCGUGUACUUCUGUGAAGGUGAAUGGGCUCUUUUAGAUGAAAAGCAGAAGGACUUCUACAGAGAUGUUAUGCAGGAGAAUUACAAGACUCUCAUCUCGUUAGGAUUUCCAAUUGCUAAACCAGAUGUGCUAUCCCAGAUGGAGCGAGGGGAAGAGAUGUGGAUUCCAGAUCUCCAGGGCUCUGAGGAAAGGGAAAUCCCAAGAGGCACUACGACAGGUACUGGGACAGCAAGUGAAAACAAGGAGGAGAGUCCCCAGCAGGAAGGGGCUGUGGGAGUGAAGAUGCACAGUAUGUUCUCAGGAAGACCGCAGGGCCCUGAUGGGGCAGAUGUCAGCAAGAGUCAGGACAGAAUGGGGUGGCAGAAAGAAGACUUUCCAGGCAAGAGUAAAUCACUUCACAGCAAAAGAGGUUUGAGGAAAUCCAUAGACCCCAGCGCCCACCCAGUAACCCAUAUUGGUUUGACACCAAAUACCACCAAUGAACUGGAGGAAAGAGUCAGUUACAGCUCUCUUCUUCUUCAAGAUUGUCAGCAAACUAGUGCAGAAAAGAGUGCCGUCAGGUGUAGUGAGUGUGGCAAAAGCUUCAUUCGACAAGAAUACCUUCAGAUACAUCUGAAACUUCACAGAGGGGAGAGACCCUAUAAAUGUAACAAAUGCAAGAAAAGCUUCAGACACAAGACAAGCCUUGUUCUUCACCGUUACACAGUCCACAGGUCGGAGAGACCCUAUAAGUGUCCAGACUGCGGCCAGCAAUUUAUUCUGAGAGAGAGAUUUAUUCAGCAUCAGAGAAUCCACAAAGAAGAGACAUCUAGAGGGUUCAACGAUGGGAUUGUGAGUGAGAACAGGGACAAGAAUCCCCAGAAGAAAGGGUCUGCGGGAGCAAAGCCAGACACGAUGUUGUCGGGGAAACUCCAGUGCCCUGAGUGGGGAGAUGCCAGUGAGAGUAGGGGCAAGGUUAGACAGCAGCACAGAGACCCUCCAGACUGGAGACAAAGUAAAUCUACUUGCAGCAAAACAGGCUUCAGGAAAUCCAAAGACACCAGCACACAGCAUAGAGACUGCAUGGGGAAGAGACAAAAUACAGACACUGAAUUUGGGGAAAGUUUCAAUAACUGCUCUCUCCUAAUGAAGCAUCAUCAAACUGGUGCAGAAAAGAGUGCUUACAAGUGUAGUGAGUGUAGGAAAAGCUUCACUCAAGAAAAAUACCUUCAGAUACAUCUGAGAACUCACAAAGGAGAGAGACCUUAUAAAUGUAAAGAAUGUGGGAAAAGCUUCAGUCGGAGUUCAGUGCUCAAAGAUCACACCAUGAGUCACAGAAUGGAACAACCUUAUAAAUGUACUGAGUGUGGGAAAAGAUUCAGAGCGAAGACAAUCCUUAUAUAUCAUUGUUACAUAGUCCACAGGGUGGAGAGACCCUAUAAGUGUCCAUACUGUGGCCAGCAAUUUGUCCUAAGAGAGAGACUUAUUCAACAUCAGAGAAUCCACAAAGAAGAGGAACCUAGAGGAUUUAAUGAUGGGAUCAUGAGUGAAGAUGAAGCUAAGAAUCUCCAGCGGAAAGGCCCUGCAGGAGCAGAACCACAGAGGACAUUAUCGGGGAGACCCCGGGGUCCUGAGCAGGGAGGAGGCUGUGGAAGUCAGGGUAUGCCACGAAGGCAGCAGGGAUGCCCUGCAGGCAAAAGAGGCAGUAUAUCUAAUCAACACGAGAGAGAUUCCAAGAAAUUGAAAAGCACCAUCGCCCACCAGGGCACCAACACUGGAGCACAAACAAGCACAAAUGAUGACAAUGAGAAAAGUUUCAGUAGCAGCUCAGCCCUUUCCAUGCAUCAGAAAAUCCACCUGGAAGAGAAAUGUUACAGCUGUGCUGAAUAUGGAAAAAGCUACCACCAGCAUGCUCACCUUCGAAGGCAUCAGAAAAACCAUACAGGAGAGAGACCCUAUGUAUGUGCAGACUGUGGAAAGAGCUUUGUGUAUAGGUCAAUACUCAGCAGACAUGAAGGGACCCACAAAGAGGAGAAAAACUAUAGCUGCACUGACUGUGGGAAAAACUUCAGCGAGUACUCAUACCUUACUAUGCACCAGAGAAUCCACAGGGAAGAGAGACCCUAUCAGUGUCCCGACUGCGACAAAAGCUUCAGGCUGCGAGGACACUUUACCAGUCACUGUAGAACCCAUACAGGGGAUAAACCUUACAAAUGCACCGAAUGCGAGCAAGGCUUUGAGCGGAAAUCAACCCUGACUAAACACAUGAGGAUCCACACCGGAGAGCGGCCCUAUAAAUGUGCGCUGUGUGAUAAAAGCUUUCGUCAAAAGUUCGCCCUUUCCCAGCAUCAGUUAAUACACCAGGGAGAGAGGCCUCACAAAUGUACUGAAUGUGGGAAAAUCUUUCUUCAGAAGUCCCACCUUACCACGCAUCUGUCUGUGCAUCGAGGAGAUAGACCUCACAAAUGUACUGAAUGUGGGAAAAGCUUCAGUGACCGAUCAAAUCUUGUUAAACACUUGACAAAUGUCCACUUGAAAAGGAAACCCCAUACAGAAAAUGUAGCUUCAGGUUAUAUAGAUCUACAAUUGUAAUGAUAGAAAAUAAUGGAGUGGUACUUUUUUUAUUCUGGUGAGACAUUUCUCCACUCAUAUUUAUUCUAAAAUACAAGGGUUAAGGAGGACAGGUUGGUAGUAUCGCCUUAUUUAUGAUCAUGGGAGUGAGAUGUGGGAGCAGGAAAAAGCUGAUGAAGAGAGGAACUGAUCUUUCAAUGGGUUUUGGGGGUGGUUAGUGGGAAUUUCAAGGGAGUUGAAUUGAAUUUUGCAAGUUGAGCAGCUGCAUGCCAUCUAUGGAUGCAAUGCAUGGAUUGCAUUCCUAUGUGAGCCCUGAAUAUGACUUCCUGAAUGGCCGUGCCAGUAGGAUGAUUCCAUCCAGCCCCUGAACACACUACAGAACAAUAUGGCAUCCUCCACACAUUGUGAAGACAUGGGUAUUUUAACAUGGCGCUCUAUAAACGGAUUAAAACCUGGCGAACUGAGAUGUCUCAAAAUGUAACUGUAAACAGGGAAUCCUUGUUGAACAGGUGUGUUUCUAGUGGGAUCCUGCAGAGAUCGGUUCUUAAUCCUCUGCUUUGUAACAUUUUUAUGAAUGACCCGGAAAAAAAAUAUAAAAUGAUCACUGAUAAAAUUUGCAGAUAACACAUAAAUUGGGGGAGUGGUAAAUAAUGAAGAGGACAGGUCACUGAUUCACAGUGAACUGGAUCACUUUGCAAACUGGGCAAAAAAGCAACUGUAUGCAUUUUAAUGUGACUAAAUGUAAAUAUAUACAUGUAUGAAUGAAGAACGUAGGCUCUACUUAAAGGAUGGGGGAUUCUACCCUGGGAAAGUGGGACUCUGGAAAAAAAAAUUGGGGUGUGGUGGAUAAUCAGCUGAAUAUGAGCUCCCAGUGCAAUGCUGUCUCUGAAAAAGCUCAUGCAAUCCUGAGAUGCAUAAAUGGUAAUCUCAAGUAGGAGUAGAGAGGUUAUUUUACCUCUGUAUUUGGUACUGAGGCAACUGUAUUUUUUUAAACAUGUCUCAGGGUUUAUCUACUCCGGAAGUUUUACUGGUAUAAUUUUGCAAGUACGGUUAUAAUGGCAUAACUUCCUGUGAAUAAGUGUGUCAACAUGGAGAGUUACAGAGGCAUAAUUACAAUGGUAUAUUUUAUGCCAGUUAAAUUCUACGUGUAGACAACUCUUAGCAAGAGCAGUUUUCAAGGUAACAGGUGAACAGGAGUGAGUCAGCCUUGCCCCACCCUCACAGCAGCUUUCUAUGAUGCACUAACUGGCUAUAGCACUAUUGGCUGAAGAUACAGCUCACUUUCAAAGGCAUAUGGUUAAUAAUGGGAUGCCAACGAGUGCAUCUUCACCUGGAUCUUCCAUCCCCAGCAGUUCAGUCUAUUCCAAGUGGGUAGGCACACCGUGAUUUUUCUCCUGUAAGGCAAGUACCCUAACUGGGCCAGUGUAACUGGUAAUGCAAGU